AGAGAAAUACCUUUGAGCCACAAUGGUGUACGACAUGACCCAUAUGGUGCCAGCGCAAAGCAUCUCCUUGGGCCGCUACUAUCUGCAUGAUCUCAACGGCAUGGCAGAGAAUCACGAUUACGUCUUGGAUAUUGAUCGACGCUUUCAGGCGCGUAUGGCUUGUGAGACAAUGCCACAGGCAUCACCACCACCACCGCCUACACCAGCACCGCGACGGCGUACAACACCAAUAGCGCACUUGGAUCCUUCCGAGUUGGUCGGUUUGACGCGUGAAGAGCGUCGUCGUCGGCGACGUGCAACACUAAAAUAUCGUACGGCCCAUGCAACACGCGAACGUAUACGUGUGGAAGCGUUCAAUGUGAGCUUUGCUGAAUUGCGAAAACUGCUACCCACUUUGCCGCCGGAUAAGAAGUUAUCGAAAAUCGAAAUACUCAAGCUGGCUAUAUGCUAUAUAGCAUACUUGAAUCAUGUGUUGGAGACGCCAUAAGCGGCAUAGCACUAUUUGAUGGGGAUAUAUUUUAUUUUAAGCGUAGGUUAAUUUUAAUUUUACUUUAACUAUAAUUUA